CCGGCGCGGGCGCGUGCAGGCUCUUUGAACCGGGCCCGGGUCGUCGCGGCCGGAGUUGCGCUCCGGCUUCGGCCGGUGGAGCGGGCCGGGCGCAGAGCGCAGCCAUGGCGUCUGAGGCGCGGGUGUCGCGCUGGUACUUCGGGGGCCUGGCCUCCUGCGGGGCCGCCUGCUGCACGCACCCGCUGGACCUGCUCAAGGUGCACCUCCAGACGCAGCAGGAGGUGAAGAUGCGCAUGACUGGCAUGGCCGUGCACGUGGUGCGCACCGGCGGCUUCCUGGCACUUUACAACGGCCUGAGCGCUUCACUGGCCAGACAGAUGACCUACUCUCUGACGCGGUUCGCCAUCUAUGAGACCCUGCGGGACUACAUGUCCAAGGACAGCAAGCGCCCCCUCCCCUUCUACAGCAAGGUGCUGCUGGGAGGGGCCAGUGGUCUGAUUGGAGGCUUUGUGGGGACCCCUGCAGACUUGGUCAAUGUCAGGAUGCAGAAUGACGUGAAGCUGCCCCUGGAGCAGCGGCGCAGUUAUGCCCACGCCCUGGAUGGCCUGUACCGCGUGGCCCGUGAAGAGGGUCUGAAGAGGCUGUUCUCGGGUGCGACCAUGGCGUCCAGCCGCGGGGCUCUUGUCACUGUGGGCCAGCUCUCCUGCUACGACCAGGCCAAGCAGCUGGUCCUGGGCACCGGGAUCCUGCCCGACAACAUUGUCACUCACCUGGUGGCCAGCUUCAUCGCGGGCGGCUGUGCCACGCUCCUGUGCCAGCCCCUGGACGUGCUGAAGACGCGCCUGAUGAACUCCAGGGGCGAGUAUCAGGGUGUUUUCCACUGCUUCACGGAGACCGCCAAGCUCGGCCCGCUGGCCUUUUUCAAGGGCCUCUUUCCUGCCGGCAUCCGCCUUGUUCCCCACACUGUACUCACCUUUGUGUUUCUGGAACAACUCCGGAAACACUUUGGCAUCAAAGUGCUGACCUGAAUGCCACGAGGGCACAGCACCCGGCUCCUGGGACGUGCCGACCGCUGGGGCCCCCGACCCCCAGCAGCCCCGCCCUCCCUGUCCCCCAGGCUGGCCGGGCUCCAGCCAUCGGCCUCUGUCCCACCCCGUCCCACGGGAGGGUCCCCUCAGCUCUGCCCCGGCCCUCAGCAGAGCUCGGGGUCUCCAGGUAGGUCCCCACCCUGCCCUGGCCCCACUCAGAGCUGGGCAGGUCUGCCCAGCCCUGCGCUGCCCCCCGCAGCUCAUCCUCUGGCCCAGGUACAUCCUCGCCCACCAGUGCGCACGCCCCACACCAGACCACCUGAGCCUGCGUGCACUUCCGUCCUGAGUCCUGAGCGCGAGUCUUACGGGGGGGGGGGGGGGGGGGGGCAGCGAGCAGGGCCCGCCCUGCCCCCGCUGUUGUAGGUUUCACCAAAGGCUGCCUUCCAUGCCUCGCUGCCUACGCCACCCACCUCCCUCACCCCGCAGAGCGAAAGGCCGGCAUGGCCUCCGGGCCGGCGUGGCCUGCUCGUCCUGCCAGCCAAAAACAAAGCAACACCAAAGCGCCCUGUUUCCCCAGUGCAGAGCUGGGCCCCAAACCUGUCCACCUCCCGGGGGCCCAGGCCCGGCUACACGGCCCUGGAGGGUCUAAUAAAGACCAGUGACCUGG